CUUCAUUGGAAAGGCAAGGGCAGUGUUGCUGUAACUGAACCAGCACUUCCUGGUGUUGUUUUAAGGGGGGCGUGGCCAGCCUUUAGCAGGGAAGAGAGGGAGGGAGAGGGGACUGCAGGAUCUGUAAUGCCCAGUGCAGUCAGGGCUCCCUCCUCCUUCUCUUCUUCUUCCUCCUCCACCUCCUCCUCCUCCACAGCUGUUGCUACUGCCACCCAGCGAGCGCCACUUUUCCUCGGGCAGCAGACAGACGAUCCAGAGGCUGGGGAGUCAGUAGAGACACAGCCCAGUCUCAGCCCAGCUCAGCACAGCCCAGCUUAGCCACUUCAAGAGGCAGGGGAGGGGAGACACUAGCGCACACAGCCAACGCUGCAACGCGCACUCACACACACACACAGACACACACACACUCACAAUCACACAGACAAACACUCCUCCUCUCUCUCUCUCUUCCUCCCUCUCUCUCUCACUCCGGUGCUCGGCUCUGCACAGCUCCCCUACUCAUUCGCUGCUGAUUCACUCGCUCACUUGCUUGCCUCUCCUCUGCCAGUCGCUCUGCCUUGCUGCGCUCUGCCUUCCUGCCUGAGAAUGGUCCAGCCGGUGCCUGGGGGUCUGCUGUCGCGGCCUGUCUGAACACACGCAUAAACACAGAGUCUAUCGACAGGCGGAAGCACACCACACACAGAACUGGAGAGAAAUGUGAGAGAGGAAGUGCCUUCCCUGAUGUCUGCUGCAGCUUUGACCUGCUUCUACAGCUGAAACUCCACCCACCCUCCCCCCCGCCUCGCUCGCUUGCUGCCACAGUAACACGAGUACAAGGACAGCGACCACACCCUCCUUGCAGCCUAUGCUCCGACCUGCUCGUCCAUCCACCACCAUCACAUCAACUCCUCGCCCCGACGGCCAACUGACAACUGCUCUCAACAGAACAGCCUUACCACAGCAGCCCGACACACAACCAGGCCCACGCAGCAUCUCACCCACCCUGCCUUUAACCUUCGCCUUCGACCCUCUAAGCCUCCACUCGGUCCUCAGUGUCCUUAACCUUCCUGUUGCAGGCUACACCCAAACUAUCACCUUUGUUGCCUGCUUCACUGCACCUACCCUGAGGACACUGUCGUUCAUCUGUUUGCCUCCUUGGCUUGUGAAUGUUGCAGAAGAGAAUCACCCAGCAACAGAAAAUACAAACUAAGAGCAAAUUAAUUGUAAGGCAGAGUUGUCUUCAGGAUAUAAACAGUUCCUCUGCAGUUGAUUGUUGAGGAGAGUUAUCCAUUAACAUUCACUGCAAAACAUCCUCCUCCAUCAUUUCAUUUUGGAGAAGAAGUCCUCUUAAUCAACAGGAACUUUAUUUUGAAUGUUUCAUUUCAUCGUUACAUCCUCGUGUCACGGAUUGUAACAACAGAUAAACAACAAAAAAAGACCUAAAGGUUGUGGAUUAAAACACUAGAGGUUGUUAUUUUGCCCUUGAACAGAUUUCACCUCGGAAUACCUUUCGCCAGCGUGUAGCCAUGUCGAUGAACAUGGCACAUAUUCGUGACACAAAGUGGCUGACACUUGAGGUAUGCAGGGAGUUCCAGAGGGGCACGUGCUCACGCUCCGACCAGGAGUGCAAGUUUGCUCAUCCGGCCAAGAGCUGUCAGAUCGACAACGGACGGGUCAUCGCUUGCUUCGAUUCGCUCAAGGGACGUUGCUCCAGAGAGAACUGCAAGUACCUGCACCCUCCUCCCCACCUAAAGACCCAGCUUGAGAUCAAUGGCAGGAACAACUUGAUCCAGCAGAAGAACAUGGCCAUGCUGGCCCAGCAGAUGCAGCUCGCCAACGCCAUGAUGCCCGGAACACAGCUACCACCUAUGCCCAUGUUCUCGGUCGCGCCAGGUCUGGCCACCAAUGCCAGCGCAGCAGCAGCUGCAGCAGCAGCCUUUAAUCCCUACCUGAGCCCUGUCUCACCCGGUCUGAUGCCUCAAGAGAUCCUGCCCAGCACCCCCGUCCUCAUGGCCUCCAGUCCCAACGUCAGUCAAGUCCCCAACGCUGCUGCUGCUGCAGCCCAGAAACUGCUGAGAACAGACAGACUUGAGGUGUGUCGGGAAUAUCAGAGGGGCAACUGCUCCCGGGGGGAGAAUGAUUGCCGCUUCGCCCACCCCUCAGACAGCACCAUGAUCGACAACAACGACAACACCGUCACCGUGUGCAUGGACUACAUCAAGGGCCGCUGCUCCCGGGAAAAGUGCAAGUACUUCCACCCGCCGGCCCACCUGCAGGCCAAAAUUAAGGCAACCCAGCACCAGGUGAACCAGGCCACAGCCGCCGCGGCCAUGACUCAGUCGGCUGUCAAAUCACUGAAGCGACCCCUCGACGCAACCUUUGACCUGGGCAUCGCCCCUAGUGUCAUGGCUCCCCUGCCCAAGCGGGCAGCCCUGGACAAGGCCAACGGGGCCUCUGCCAUGUUUAACACCGGCAUGCUCCAGUACCAACAGGCCCUGGCCAGCAUGCAGUUUCAGCAGCAGGCUGCUUUCCUCCCUUCAGGCUCAAUAUUGUGCAUGACACCUGCAGCCAGCGUUGUACCCAUGAUGCACGGUGGUUCUCCGGCCACUGUGUCUGCAGCCACCACAUCUGCCACAAGCGUUCCCUUCGCAACUGCCUCCGCCAAUCAGUUGACUACCAACGAAUACAUGCAAUUGAUUCCAAUAAUAUCUGCAGAUCAUCUGAGUAGUCACAAGUACUUGACUCAAAUGUAGUUCCUCUCGAGAACAAUCAAAUGAAUGUGUGCUGGCACCGUCCAAGCCAAGAGUUCAGCCUUUAUGUACAUAACCUUCAGAAUGUUGAGCAGCGGGACGAAAAAGAAGGGUCUGCCAUCUCUCAGCCGGUCCACGACGAUGGUCUCAUCACACGAGUCAACAUCAAGGGUGCAACACAUGAUCUGUGCCAUCUUCCCACAUAUCAACGUCAAGAAGAAUUUGUCGUCAAAUUCAAUAUCCAGCCAAGAGAGAGGAGGAAAUCUUGGUGCUGCGGUUAGUGUUUGAAACAUUACACCUCUGUGUCCAACUAAAGCAAAGCACUCGAUUAGUUCUAAUUAUGAUCAUUACUGCACGCACAGAAGGUCAAGAGUGUGGUUGCACAAAGCAACAUCCAGUGCUGGUACGUUAGUAGACCAAGAUUUGUUCUUUCCUUUUUUUUAUUCGUUCUGCUUUAUUUUAUUAUUUUUUAAAUUGAUAGCCAUAUCUCAUAGUUUACACGUGAAGUGCAAACACGCACCUUGAAUUUGAUUUCAAAACUGAAAGGCACAAUGAUUUUAACAGGAAUUUUAUGCGCCAAAAGAAUUAGGCAUGUACAGUAUUGUGUUUUUAUGGCUACUAGUGAAACUAGAUGUUGAAAUGAGGGUCUUGGACAUAUGAAUGUUCUGGGUAAACCAACAUACCUGUGUACCUUGAAAGCACAGCCAGGCUAGCUUUCUUUUUCUCACCUUGUCAUGUGCCAUCAAGGCCAUACAGCUAAAACCAGAGUGUUAUCUCAGCAGUGUUAUUUGUUUACCGAAGGUUCAAGUUUUGUAUGGCUCUUUUUGUAUUGUUCUGUUUCAGAAUCUCCAUUGUGAGUGUUUUUUUUAACCUUUUUUUUUGUUUGUUUGUUUCUCUAAUUAAUCAGUUUUAGAAGUGGGUUUUAUUUGCCUUUUUUAAUGUUUUUUUUUUCUUUUAAAUCAAAAAUUGAGGGUUUUUCUAAAGUUUGUCAUACCUCUUUUCUUAGACUAGUGUUGUUUUUGUUUGUUGAGAUUGAGAAAGUCUAUUGACUCUAAAGCCUGGUGGAGGGUGUAGCUUUGAUUGACAGUGUGUUACUGUCCCCCCACUCCUCUUUAAAAGGGGAGCGACUCUCAAACUGUGUCUCCUAGAAGCACUGUUGAGCAUGGCCUCGGUGGGAAUUGAAAAGAACAGACUCAAAGGUCUAUUAGGUCAUUUAAACCACAUGUGCACUUCAAUGAUUGUUUGUCUGCUCACCCUGUUUGAACCUCACAAGCCAUCCUGAGUCAGCUUUCACUUUUGAGGAGAUAGGACUCAUCAUUUGUGUCUAUAUCCAAGCGUCAAAAUGAAAGUCCUCAUUCACUUGUAGAUCUGACGACAAACCAAAGCACACUUUUUCUCCCUGUCGGGUUCACAAAUUAUUACAGCAGCAUCUCUCAACAGGCUUAAACAAUUACAGAAGCAUGUUAAUCAUCUUACAUUCAUCUUUUCAUUUUAUCAUCACUUCCUUUUCUGUUUUCACAGAGGAGUGUAGUAUGUCUUUACCGAUUGUAAUGUACCUAAUAAAGCCUUAGAUUACGAUUAAUGGGUCACAGCCCAAUCAAUGUACUUUCAAUCACCAUGCAGGUAAAGAACACCAAUGAUGUUUUAUAGGUCUCACAUACCGCUUACGAUCUUUUUUUUUUUGUUCUUUCUCUCUAUGUAAAAGUAACAAUUACUCUCUUAAAUUUCAUGUGUUAUGUACUACUUAAGGAUUUGAAUCUAUUUGAGGUAUGUAGUUGUAGAUUUUUCUUUAUUUUUGCCUUACUAUAUAUUACUUGACAACAAUGAUAUAGCCGUUGUAGAUUUUGAGGUAGUAUGACAUUCAUAACUUUUUCAAACCAUAUAAAUGAUAAUGUGUUGAGUCAGUUUUAAAUAUUCACUUCAUUCAUAUAGCUGGAUGUCUUUUUCAGUUGAUGUUACAUUAUCAUUUGAUUUUGUUGAUGAGUUUGUUUUUGAUACAAGGAAUAAGAUCAGUUAAUUUGCUGCCACAGCAGCGCCUCUGAAUAGACAAAAAAACUAAUGUUUUAACCAACUUGAGGUUUCCUUGUAACAUGUCAAGAUCAUGUUUGAAAAUAUAUUGUAUGAUAUAUAGAUUGCCAUGUUUUAGAGUAAAAAUUAUUUUCUACUGUAUCCAUUUCAAAAAGAUAUGUACUAUUGUUUGAAUAUUUCUUAAGUUUGCCCUGAAUGUCAGGCCAAAACGAGCAGUGAGAUUGACGGGUGUUUGGAUGUUUGGUGGAUAGUGAGAUUAGGAGCGAGGAAGCAAAGACUCUCUCUGAAACGGGAGGAGUCUGAAAUGCUGCAGACGAUGAGUUCUAACCUAAGGGACGAAGGUUGACUUUUUGCACUUCUGUAUAUAGUCAAAUGAACAGAGAAAAAAUGUGUAUCAUAUUGAGAUAUUAUUUUGAAUAAAAAAAGAUCUAUAAUUAUAAGGAAUUUUGCUAGAUUAAUUUAAAUUCUUAAAUUAGAAGACCAGCUAAAAAAAAUGCUUGCAGAGAAGGGCACUAGUUUCUUGGCCAAUGCAUUCAGAGAAAGCUAUGCGCUUUGUGUCUUAUUUUUCAGUGGUUUGUUUUGCCAGGGAAUGUCGCAGGGGAGUAAAUAUCCCCAUGUCAUGCUAACUCCACCCCUCCUGUAGGAUUACACAUCCAGUGAAGUCCAUUUAUCAUUUUGUUGGACUUGGUCAUGCAGUAUUGCUGCUCCCAUGGUACAGGUGAUACAUUCAACUAUCAAAAGUUAUAUUCUAUUCUAGUUUGAUUUGACUGCAUGUAAAAGUACAAACAUGUAAACAAAGAUACUGCGUAGAUAUGUAAAGAGAGAUAACACAUUCAGAGUACAGAAUACACAGUAAUAUGUUUAUUUUUUAUCAAGUAUACAUACAGUAGAUAACAUCCACAGUGGGGAGAAAUAAUACUUCAGAAACAAGUCAUCUUACUCUUGUGUGAAAAAAAUAAUUUUUUUAAGCAAACAUGCUCUUUAAAGAAUGAUAAAAUAUUAGCACUCAUCCAACCCGGAUACUUUCUCAUAGCCAUAUUAUAACAGUCCACACUGACUCACAGGAAUAUGUUGUUGCUAUCUUAUCUGUGCUCUCAGCAGGCGAAGGCUCAACACACCAAAUGCGUAUUUGGCAUAUUAAGUCUUUUCAAAUGAAUGUAAAAGUCACUGUUCAACACAUUUGUGACUUGAGGCUGCUGUUUAGUCGCUACAGAACCAAAGCACCAUGUUUCUCCAAACCAGAUGUUCAGUCUGCCGGCUGCAACCAAGGUUUCUUCUUCCCUGCUGAGGGCACAUGUACGCUUUGACUGCUUUUUACUCGUAAGUGCAACCACCAGUUAUGUAUUUGCCAACAGUUGCCACACAAUAAUGUACUAUUCUGACUUCAGAUUUGUUUAUGCACAUUUUAUUGUUGCCAUAAUUGACUCUUGCUGUAUGGAUGAAAAAAAAUCUGAAUAAAACAAUAUUUGAUUUGCUCAUGCAACAA